AAGUAUAUAAAAAUAAUUGCACUAAAUAUUUGUUUAUCGUAAGCGAAACAAGAUUUUUUAUGGAGAGUCAACUAGAUAGUGAAAAUUACUGGAAUGUAUCAACCAGAAAAGCAUUUAGCUUUGAUGACGAUGAUGCCAGUAAUGGGUUUUACGGUACCUCAACGAGUUCUAACAAAUGGAACCCUAGCAACAUUCUGAGCGAUGAUAUCUCCGAAGCAAGCUUCGAUAAUAGUACCGCCGCUACAAGCCUAAAUUUAUCUAUUAAAUCAGUUAUUUCUGACGAUGCAUUGGAAUUAAUUUUGCAGGAGCAAACUUUAGAUGAUCGCCUCAUAACAAAAGGUGUGAGCCCAGAUGAAGAACUGAAAUUAUUGAGAAGACAAAUUCAAACAACGCUUUUUAAUCCAUCACCGGAAACAACAGCUUCUAGACUGCUCUUGGGUAAAACAGUGCCGCUGGAGGUAUUUAAGUCUAUGCAUGAAAAAGAAGAGUUAUUAGAUAAUGUGUUAAGCAACGGUGGUGGUGAUGCAGUAAUUGGUGUAGUUUUAUUUUUAAAGAAAACGCUGAAUACGAAACAUUUUCAUGCAAUCCUGCAACAUCGACCGAAAGUGUUGCAGCAAUAUAUCAGCUACCUUAAGCAAAGUAAUCCAAAAGAAGCAGUUACUUUGUUAGAAACUUUCGGCAAACAACAAGAAGCUACAUUACUAAAAUUCAAAAGCGUUUACACAUCCAAUGAGCUGCAAGUACGGAAACAAUAUUUACAGCAGUUAGCACGGAACAACAGUGCUGGUUCCAACAGUUUAUUUCAACAAAUAUUCCAUGCUACGUUGAAGUUACUUGAACUAAUAGAAAAAGAGCGUAAUUCUCUAGACAAUUUAGUGCAUAUGGACUCCACACCAGUUGAAGUGUUAUACGCAUGUUGCCAAAAAUAUAACAAUUGGAAAGAACAAGAUUUAAUUUCUGUCCUGUCGCCUUUUCGCAUUAGCGCAGAACAACAAAUUUCCGCAUCACAAUUCGAGUGGACUGCUUUAAACGAACGUGCAAUAUCACAAGCUUAUGGUGAUUUAGAAAGUGUUUUUGAACGCCUACCCACAUGGAAUCCUAUAAAACAAAAACAAUUCCACAUAAGCUUUCCCCUGGAUGCAGCAAUUGUACGUCUAUUUGAAUUGAAGGCACCUUCGAGUGUUUUAUAUUUAUUUUUAUCAAAAAUAAGUAGCUCAACGGAAAAGCUGGAAUUAGCACAACGUGUUAAGUGUACUAAAGCUGCUAUUGAUGCCAUGAUUGGGUUAAAGGAUAUAAACCAACUUACACAAUUAAAAGAUUCAUUACCUGAACGUAGCGAGGAACAAUUUUACUGUGAUAGGGCAAUAAAAAGCUUACAAACUAAACGCUGGUCAACUGACAAUAUUAAACUGAAACUUUAAUCUUUUUAAUAAGUGGCUGUCAAUUCAUAUAGUAAAUAUAUCAAGAAGUUUUUGUAAAUAUUACA